CUGUUCCGCCGCCCGGCCGCCCCUCCCCCCCGGCCGGCGCUCACUGUCUCCAAGAUGGCGGCCGUGUCAGUUUGGGGCAUCUCCGCGGUCCGGCCCGGGGCCCCGGGACCCCGCCGCUCGGCCCCGCCGGCAUAGGAUGCAUUUUUUUUCUGCUGGGAAUGAGAUGUUCUUGAGUUCUUCCAACUUUAUGAAGAUACCCAUGUGCGUGCGGUGCUGUUGAGAAAUUUGUUGCAAAGUUUGAAGACAUUAAGAUGACAGGUUGUUAAAAUUUUUAAGGAAAAAGUGGGGAGGCUUUCUGUUUUGUAAGGGAGGAAGGACUCAGACCAGAAAACUUGUAUGCUAUGGUUAACUGGUUCUCUGCCUUCGGGAAUGUUGUUUUCCAUGGUGUAAAACUUACUCAGCAUCAGGAUAAGGGAUAACGACUCUAUGGAUAUACAGAAUUCUUCACCAUGGUAAAACUCGCUAACCCCCUGUAUACGGAGUGGAUUUUGGAGGCCAUCAAAAAAGUGAAGAAACAGAAACAGCGUCCUUCAGAAGAAAGGAUAUGCAAUGCAGUGUCUUCAUCCCAUGGUUUGGAUCGUAAAACUGUUUUAGAACAAUUGGAGUUGAGUGUUAAAGAUGGAACAAUAUUAAAAGUUUCAAAUAAAGGACUCAAUUCCUAUAAAGAUCCUGAUAAUCCUGGGCGAAUCGCACUUCCGAAACCUCGAAACCAUGGAAAAUUGGAUAACAAGCAAAAUGUAGAUUGGAAUAAACUGAUCAAGCGGGCAAUUGAGGGCUUGGCAGAGUCUGGUGGCUCAACGCUAAAAAGCAUUGAACGUUAUUUGAAAGGUCAGAAGGAUGUCUCUGCAUUAUUUGGAGGCAGUGCUGCCUCUGGCUUUCACCAGCAGUUACGAUUGGCUAUUAAACGUGCAGUUGGCCAUGGUCGACUCCUCAAAGAUGGACCUCUUUAUCGGCUCAACACUAAAGCAACCAAUGUGGAUGGGAAAGAGAGUUGUGAAUCUCUUUCCUCUUUACCUCCAGUGUCAUUGCUUCCACAUGAAAAGGAUAAGCCGGUUGCUGAACCUAUUCCCAUUUGUAGUUUCUGUCUUGGUACAAAAGAACAAAACCGAGAAAAGAAGCCAGAGGAACUCAUCUCCUGUGCAGACUGUGGCAACAGUGGUCAUCCAUCCUGUUUAAAAUUUUCUCCUGAACUAACGGUUAGAGUAAAGGCCUUACGGUGGCAGUGUAUUGAGUGUAAAACGUGUAGCUCCUGUCGAGAUCAAGGCAAAAAUGCAGAUAACAUGCUCUUUUGUGAUUCCUGUGACCGAGGUUUUCACAUGGAGUGUUGUGAUCCACCACUUACCCGCAUGCCAAAAGGCAUGUGGAUAUGUCAAAUAUGUCGACCCAGGAAAAAAGGCCGAAAACUUCUACAGAAGAAGGCAGCACAGAUAAAACGGCGCUAUGCUAACCCUAUAGGACGUCCAAAAAACAGGUUAAAGAAACAAAACACGGUAUCAAAAGCUCCCUUUAGCAAAGUUCGAACUGGCCCUGGAAGGGGUAGGAAACGUAAAAUCACUCUCUCCAGCCAAUCAGCGUCAUCAUCAGAAGAAGGAUAUUUAGAGCGAAUAGAUGGCUUGGACUUCUGCACAGAUAGUAGUGUCCCCUUGAAGUUCAACAAGAAAACCAAAGGGCUCAUUGAUGGCCUUACCAAGUUCUUCACCCCUUCCCCUGAUGGGCGGAAACCUCGAGGGGAAGUGGUAGAUUACUCUGAACAAUAUAGAAUCAGGAAAAAGGGCAACAGAAAAUCAAGCACUUCAGAUUGGCCCACAGACAAUCAGGAAGGCUGGGAUGGCAAACAAGAAAGUGAGGAACGUCUUUUUGGAAGUCAGGAAAUUAUGACUGAAAAAGAUAUGGAAUUAUUUCGUGAUAUCCAAGAACAAGCACUACAGAAAGUUGGAGUGACUGGUCCCCCUGAUCCUCAAGUCCGCUGUCCCUCUGUUAUUGAGUUUGGGAAGUAUGAGAUCCACACGUGGUACUCUUCCCCCUAUCCUCAAGAAUACUCAAGGCUGCCUAAAUUGUAUCUUUGUGAAUUCUGCCUAAAAUAUAUGAAAAGUAGAACUAUUCUACAGCAGCACAUGAAGAAAUGUGGUUGGUUCCAUCCACCUGCCAAUGAGAUUUACAGAAAGAAUAAUAUUUCUGUUUUUGAGGUUGAUGGGAACGUGAGUACCAUUUAUUGUCAGAACCUGUGUCUCUUGGCAAAGUUGUUUCUUGACCACAAAACACUCUAUUAUGACGUGGAGCCAUUUCUUUUUUAUGUACUAACACAGAAUGAUGUCAAGGGCUGCCACCUUGUUGGAUACUUUUCUAAAGAAAAGCACUGCCAGCAGAAAUACAACGUUUCCUGUAUAAUGAUACUUCCCCAAUACCAGCGUAAGGGCUAUGGCAGGUUUCUCAUCGACUUCAGUUAUUUGUUAUCAAAACGUGAAGGUCAAGCAGGAUCUCCAGAGAAACCGUUAUCUGAUUUAGGUCGUCUUUCCUACAUGGCUUAUUGGAAAAGUGUAAUACUGGAGUGCCUUUAUCACCAAAAUGACAAGCAGAUCAGCAUUAAAAAGUUAAGCAAGUUGACUGGAAUCUGUCCUCAAGAUAUUACUUCUACACUCCAUCACCUUCGUAUGUUGGACUUCCGUAGUGACCAAUUUGUGAUUAUCCGCCGGGAAAAACUUAUCCAGGAUCAUAUGGCAAAGCUUCAGCUGAAUUUGCGGCCUGUUGAUGUAGAUCCAGAAUGUUUGCGCUGGACGCCUGUUAUUGUCUGCAAUUCUGUUGUCUCAGAGGAGGAAGAAGAGGAAGCUGAAGAGGGAGAAAAUGAAGAGCCACAGUUUCAAGAAAGAGAGUCAGAGACCAGUGUGGGAAAGUCAGCAUCCCGGGAAAGUAAAGAACACGAUUCUUACUCCUCAGUAGAAGGUGAAAAGAAACCAGAAGUUAUAGUGCCAGCCAGUUCUACACGUUUGAACAAACAAGUUCUUCCUUGUGAUAAUCUUUCUGCAAAUAAUCAGCCAUCUCGGAGAGGUCGCUGGGGGAGAAAGAACAGAAAAACCCAGGAACGUUUUGGUGAUAAAGAGUCUAAACUGCUCUUGGAAGAGACAUCAACUCCUCAGGAACAAUAUGGAGAAUGUGAGGAAAAAUCAGAAAACUCGCAAGAACAAUACACUGAAAAUGAGGAACAGUUGGCAGUCUCUCAGGUUCAGCCAAGCCAGGAUGGGAAGUCAGACAUUCCCAAACGCAGACUAAGUGAGGGGGUUCAGCUGUGGCGAGGACAGCUGAAGAAAAGUCCUGAGGCUCUGAAAUGUCGAUUACCUGAAGGCAAUAAUAGACUGCCUCGUCGCUACAGUGAUGGUGACAGGGCAGUCCUUAAGGGCUUCAGUGAGAGUAGUGAAGAGGAGGAAGAGCCCGAAAGUCCUCGGUCCAAUUCUCCACCAGUUUUGACAAAGCCCACAUUGAAACGAAAGAAACCAAUUCUUCACAGAAGGAGGAGAGUCCGGAAACGCAAGCACCACAAUAGCAGUGUGGUCACAGAGACCAUUUCUGAGACUACUGAGGUAUUAGAUGAACCAUUUGAAGACUCAGACUCUGAGAGACCAAUGCCAAGAUUAGAACCCACAUUUGAAAUUGAUGAAGAAGAGGAAGAUGAUGAAAAUGAACUUUUCCCUAGAGGAUAUUUCCAUCGUUUGUCCUCACAAGAUGUUCUCAGGCGUCAGUCUUCUUCCAAAAGAAAAUCUAAAGAUGAAGAAGAAGAUGAAGAGUCAGAUGAUGCUGAUGACACUUCUAUCCUAAAACCAGUAUCUCUCUUGAGAAAAUGUGAGGUGAAGGAUUCUCCACUUGAGCCAGAUACAUCCACACCUAUGAAAAAGAAAAAGGGGUGGCCCAAAGGCAAGAGUCGCAAACCAAUCCACUGGAAGAAAAGACCUGGUCGUAAACCAGGAUUUAAGUUGAAUCGGGAAAUCUUACCUGUUGCUACUCAAGAAUGCAUCAUUGAGCCCAUUGUCCCCAUUCCUAAACCUGUGCGUAAACCCAAAAUUCAAGACAGUGAAGAAACUGUUGAACCAAAAGAAGACUUACCUUUAACUGAGGAAAGGAAGGAAGAGGAGGAAAUUAAUAUGGAAGCAGAAGAGGUUGAAGAGGGAGAGGAAGAAGACACAACCAGCAGUGAAGUUCGAGCAGCUUCUCCAGUAGAUAGCAGCAAUAGUCCCGAGGCCGAAACAAAAGAACCUGAAGUGGAAGAGGAAGAAGAGAAACCCCGGGUCUUAGAAGAGCAGAGGCAGUCAGAGGAAGAGCAACAGGAACUGGAAGAACAGGAACCAGAGGAAGAGGAUGAAGUGACUGAAGAGACCAACCAGAAUGAAGAUCAUGAUGCAGAUGAUGAAGAUGAUGGUCAUCUGGAAUCAACAAAGAAAAGCGAGCUAGAGGAGCAGCCCAUUAGGGAAGAUGUCAAGGAGGAACCCCCUGGUGGCCAAGACUCUUUUUUAGAUACAAAUAUGCAGAGUAGUAGGGAAAAUGUAAAGGAUAAAGAUGAAACAGAACCAGAUUCUGAAGAAGAACAGACUUCUCAUGAAACAUCUGUGGUAUCAGAGCAUAUGCCAGGGUCUGAGGAUGAUCAUGAAGAAGAUUCAAAUUCUAAAGAAGAAUUAAUUGAAUUAAAAGAGGAAGAAGAGAUUCCUCAUAGUGAACUGGACCUGGAAACCGUGCAAGCAGUGCAGUCUUUGACUCAAGAGGAAAGCAGUGAGCAUGAGGGAGCUUACCAGGAUUGUGAAGAAACUCUGGCAGCCUGUCAGACCUUGCAGAGUUACACUCAGGCUGAUGAAGACCCUCAAAUGUCAAUGGUUGAAGACUGUCAUACUUCAGAACAUAAUAGCCCAAUAUCUUCUGUUCAUUCUCAUCCCAGCCAGUCAGUCCGUUCUGUCAGCAGUCCCAGUGUGCCUGCCCUUGAAAGUGGUUAUACCCAGAUCAGCCCAGAACAAGGAUCCCUGUCCGCACCUUCUAUGCAGAACAUGGAGACCAGUCCCAUGAUGGAUGUGCCUUCUGUAUCAGACCACUCUCAGCAGGUGGUGGACAGUGGCUUCAGUGAUCUGGGCAGCAUUGAGAGUACCACAGAAAACUAUGAGAACCCUAGCAGUUAUGACUCCACAAUGGGCAGUAGCAUUUGUGGCAAUAACUCUUCUCAAAGCAGCUGCUCCUAUGGUGGGUUGUCAUCCUCCAGCAGCCUCACCCAGAACAGUUGUGUUGUCACUCAGCAAAUGGCAAACAUGGGAAACAGCUGCAGCAUGAUGCAGCAGAAUAAUGUCCAGGCUGCUGCCAACUGCAGCAUGAAAUCACCUCAGAGUUGUGUAGUGGAGAGGCCUCCCAGUAACCAGCAGCAGCCGCCUCCACCACCACCCCAGCAGCAGCCGCAGCAGCAACAGCAGCAGCAGCAACAACCAGCACCGCAGCCUCCACAGCAGCAGCAGCCACAGCCACCACCACAGCCACCACCACCACAACCCCCACCACAGCAGCAGCCACCGCAGCAGCAGCAGCAGCAGCAGCAGCAGCAGCAGCCUCCACCACCUCAGCCCCAGCAGCCUCAGCCUCCACCCCCACCCCAGCAGCAGCCCCCCCUGUCACAGUGUAGUAUGAAUAAUAGUUUCACUCCAGCUCCUAUGAUCAUGGAGAUCCCGGAAUCUGGAAGCACUGGGAACAUAAGUAUCUACGAGAGGAUUCCAGGGGAUUUUGGUGCCGGCAGCUAUUCUCAACCAUCAGCCACUUUCAGUUUAGCUAAGUUGCAGCAGCUGACUAACACCAUUAUGGACCCUCAUGCCAUGCCUUAUAGCCAUUCUCCUGCUGUGACUUCCUAUGCAACCAGUGUUUCUUUGUCUAAUACAGGACUGGCUCAGCUAGCUCCAUCUCAUCCAUUAGCUGGGACCCCUCAAGCACAAGCCACCAUGACACCACCCCCAAACUUGGCAUCCACCACAAUGAACCUCACGUCACCUCUGUUACAGUGCAACAUGUCUGCCACCAACAUUGGCAUUCCACACACUCAGAGGUUACAAGGGCAAAUGCCAGUCAAGGGGCACAUUUCCAUUCGCUCCAAGUCUGCGCCACUACCCUCUGCGACUGCUCACCAGCAGCAGUUGUAUGGUCGCAGCACACCAGCAGUUGCCAUGCAAGCUGGUCCCCGUGCAUUGGCUGUUCAGCGUGGCAUGAACAUGGGGGUUAAUUUAAUGCCAACCCCUGCCUAUAAUGUUAAUUCCAUGAAUAUGAACACCUUGAAUGCCAUGAACAGCUAUCGAAUGACACAGCCCAUGAUGAACAGCAGUUACCAUAGUAACCCUGCCUACAUGAACCAGACAGCACAGUAUCCUAUGCAGAUGCAGAUGGGGAUGAUGGGGAGCCAGGCCUAUAGCCAGCAGCCUAUGCAGCCAAACCCUCAUGGGAACAUGAUGUACACUGGCCCUUCCCAUCACAGCUACAUGAAUGCUGCUGGGGUGCCCAAGCAGUCACUCAAUGGACCUUACAUGAGAAGAUGAGCAAGAUGAACUUGGAAUAAAAACUUAAAAAUAUAUAAAUAAAGGAACCUUUUAUACUGACAAACCAGAGAAAAAUGGACCCUUUUUCCAGUUAAAAUAUUGCUGUAGAUUUAGAGGAAUUUUUCUUUGGUUUAUUUUAUUUUUUAGAAAAUCUUGUCUUUUUUGGGGGGUUCAUUUUGUUCUGGGAUUUGGUUUUCUUCACAAUCUUGAACAUUUUACAAUAGAACUCAUCUGAAAACGGAUUUGGGGAUAGGGGAAACAUGCACAAAAAUCUUUUCAUAAUUAAAAAGAGCCUUACUUUCUUUACACACCACAUGGACAGAAUCUGUGUACAAGUAAAAUACCUUUAUCUUAUUUUAAGAUGUAUGUUUCCCCUCAUUGUUUGCAGCUCCCAAUGUUGUCAUUUUUAAAUGUUAUAUAUACAUCUCAAGGGUUAACCACACCCUUUCCUCCAAACCAACUUUUCAUUUCCUACUUUCAUUCCAGCAGGAGGCACUUAUGGGAGACUCGGAUGGGGACAUGGAGAACAACCCAAGCUCCUUAAAAUUUUUAUUGUUAAUAUUAUUUUAUUAUUAUUAUUAUUAUUAAAGUGAGGCAGGAAAAUGCUUCUCCUUUUAAAAUCCCCUCCACUCCCUACACAUACACACACACAGGCACACACUUCUUGAAACCUUUCCCCAAGAAUGUUUCAUUAUAGAUGGACUUCAUUGAAAUGUUGCUUUUCUUAAAUCAAGUGUAAUAUAAUUUUUUUUUUUACUAAUCCCACUCAGCACUCAGAGACACAAAAUACUGUAAGUCUCAAUUAACAACAGAAUCUCAGUGAAACGCUGUUUGCAUUCCUAAUCCAGUCUUGGAGGAAUAGAAAAGGUCAAUUUACAAUCAAAAAGAGGAAAUUAACCUCUUGGUUUUUUACCACCUGGUAAAUCAGCCAUAAUGCGCACUUAUUCCAUGCAGCCUCUUGAUUUUUAGUAUGUACUUUGAGAUGCUAAGGGUCUUGAUUCUUGAGCCUUUGACUCUGAUUAAACUCAAAUAGCAGUCCCCAGUGAUUAAACUCUUACAUUCUUUCAUAAAGUGUUGGUGAAUGACUGUACAAUUCAUGAUUUGAAAAAUAUCUGACAAACUUUUGACACUGGUUAUUUUAUAUUGGAAGAGAUGAUGCAGAAUGUGUGUCACAAGGAAGAUCAUGGUGUGAGUUUUAUAGCUAUUUAAAUGAUACAUACCUCUCGUUUUUGUUUGUCUUGAGAUCCUGAGUUUUUCCCCUGUGAAUCAGAGUGCACCAGCCCCUCCUGUGAGUGGCUAAAGAGAAGAGAAGAUCAACCAACCACCAGCAUAGUAGGGCAAAUCUGGACAGCAGGGUUUUAGCAGGCUCCUAUGUUGCUCCCGACUCAUUCUCUUUUCUCUUCUAUAGCCAGUUCACCCAUUCUCUUCCUAUUACUUACUCCAGGGAUAGGUAAAAAAAAAACUAUAUAUAUCUUAUAUAUAUAUCUAUAUAUAUGUU